CAACCACCACCACCACCCCUUCACCCAUAUUCCCCACACCUACUCCGUAGUCCUUGUCACCACUCAGCUAUCGUUACAAUAUGCGCUCCAAGUUCAAGGAUGAGCACCCGUUUGAGAAGCGCAAGCAGGAGGCUGAACGCAUCCGGCAGAAGUACCCUGACCGCAUUCCUGUGAUCUGUGAGAAGGCAGACCGGACAGAUAUCCCAACGAUUGAUAAGAAGAAGUACCUGGUUCCAUCAGAUCUGACCGUUGGGCAGUUUGUUUACGUCAUCCGGAAGCGGAUCAAGCUUGCACCAGAGAAGGCCAUCUUCAUCUUCGUGGACGAGGUGCUGCCACCAACAGCAGCACUGAUGAGUGCUAUAUACGAGGAGCACAAGGAUGAGGACAACUUCCUCUAUGUAAGCUACUCAGGGGAGAACACGUUUGGUCAGGAUGGAUGGAUUGAGCUGUGAUCAGCUCUACGACGACGCAUGCUUUCUCUCUUUGUAUUAUACUUACGAUUGUUUCUUCGCCUUGACCAACCAUUGUACAUGGAUAAUCGCACAUAUUGACUAUGUUCACAAUCGACGCUUUGAACGUUCGGUGGCGUUCGGUGGCGUUGCGGUGGCGCGCAACGUAGCUGUGAGGGACAUCAUAUGUAGCUGAGAUCUUGAGAUAAGCUGCGCAUAAUGUACUUGUUAUACUACCUCGACUGAGUUCUAAUUGAAAUCGUUUUGUACUUGCC